AUGAGCUCCGGACCACUUCUACGGAGCUUUGCUCCUGCACGGCGCUCCCUCCAGCAGACUCGAGCUUUCUCCCGGACCGCGAGAAGGUCCCUCAUUCGUGGGACCACGCCGUUGAGAGCGAAGGUCGCGGAUGGCGGCAUCUUCGCAGAUAAGUACCAGGUCGUGGACCAUGAAUAUGAUGCGCUGGUCGUUGGUGCUGGCGGUGCCGGCUUGCGCGCAACAUUCGGUUUAGCUGAAGCUGGUUUCAAGACCGCAUGUGUUUCGAAGCUGUUCCCCACGAGAAGUCACACAGUCGCCGCUCAAGGCGGCAUCAAUGCGGCACUAGGCAACAUGCACGAGGACGACUGGAGAUGGCAUAUGUACGACACAGUCAAGGGCUCCGACUGGCUCGGCGACCAAGACGCUAUUCAUUACAUGACAAGAGAAGCGCCCCAAUCUGUGAUCGAGCUGGAAGGCUAUGGCUGCCCGUUCUCGAGAACAGAAGACGGCAAGAUCUACCAAAGAGCCUUUGGUGGUCAGAGCAGAGAAUAUGGCAAAGGAGGGCAGGCUUACAGAUGUUGCGCUGCUGCCGACAGGACUGGCCACGCUCUUCUUCACACGCUAUACGGACAAUCACUGCGGUACAAUGCUAACUACUUCAUCGAAUAUUUCGCCAUGGAUCUCAUCAUGGAGGACGGCCAAUGCAAGGGUAUCGUCGCCUACAACCAGGAAGACGGUACUCUCCACAGAUUCCGAGCUCACCACACUGUUCUUGCCACCGGUGGAUAUGGCCGUGCGUACUUCUCGUGUACCUCGGCACACACGUGUACUGGUGAUGGCAUGGCUAUGGUAGCACGAGCAGGUCUCCCCAACCAGGAUCUCGAAUUCGUCCAAUUCCACCCGACCGGUAUCUACGGCGCCGGCUGCCUCAUCACCGAAGGGUCACGAGGAGAGGGUGGCUACCUCCUGAACUCCGAAGGUGAACGAUUUAUGGAAAGAUAUGCCCCAACUGCCAAGGAUCUGGCUUCUCGAGACGUUGUCUCACGAUCAAUGACCAUGGAGAUUCGCGAGGGACGAGGAGUUGGGCCCUCCAUCUUUGCUGGUGUCGACGUUACCAAGCAACCCAUCCCUGUCCUGCCGACCGUGCACUACAACAUGGGUGGUAUUCCUACGCGAUACACCGGUGAGGUUCUCAGCGUUGACGCGGACGGCAAGGAAAAGACCGUCCCUGGUCUAUACGCCUGUGGCGAAGCCGCAUGCGUGUCAGUCCACGGAGCCAACCGCCUGGGUGCCAACUCACUCCUCGAUCUGAUCGUCUUUGGUCGUGCCGUCGCACACACCAUCCGCGACAAUGCCUCCCCUGGCCUACCUCACCAAGAAAUCUCAGCCGAUGCCGGCGCCGACUCGAUCGACGUCCUCGACAAAGUCCGCACAUCCGACGGCCCCAAGUCGACCAACGACGUUCGCGCCGCCAUGCAGAAGGUCAUGCAAACAGACGUGUCCGUCUUCCGAACCGAAGAAUCCCUCCAAGAGGGUGUCCGAAAGAUCAACGAAGUCGACCAGACGUUCGACCAAAUCGGUAUCAAGGACCGCAGCAUGAUCUGGAACUCGGAUCUCGUCGAAACGCUCGAGCUCCGAAAUCUGUUGACUUGUGCAACACAGACUGCUGCAUCAGCAGCCAACCGCAAGGAGUCGAGAGGCGCGCAUGCCCGAGAGGACUUCCCAGACCGGGAUGACGACAAUUGGAUGAAGCAUACCCUGUCGUGGCAGAAGACGCCGCACGGGAAGGUCGAGCUGGGUUACAGGGGUGUUGUGGGACAUACUCUCGAUGAGGCCGAGUGCAAGGCUGUCCCGCCGUUCAAGCGGACGUAUUAA